AGUUUCUCGCUCGAAACAUUUUCCCAGAAAAAGGAAAGAAAAAGAAAGAAUACAACGAGACGCGAAAUCUCUCCUUUACUAACCAGACCACUGCUCUCUACUCCUUCCAUCGCCAUGACUUAAUAGCGUUCUGUGUCCAAGAAAAUCUUCCACGAAGAUAUUGACUCGGAUGGGUGCGUCUCUAUCGAACCUGACGGAGGGGGCGAGUGGCUCGGCGAUGGGACCGGGGCUUGGGGAUAUACCGGAGAGCUGUGUGGCGUGCGUGUUUUUGUACCUUACUCCGCCUGAGAUUUGUAACUUGGCGAGGCUGAAUCGAGCGUUUAGGGGUGCCGCGUCGUCCGAUUCGGUGUGGGAGAAGAAGCUGCCGCCUAAUUACCAAGAUCUGCUCGAUUUGUUGCCGCCUGAAAGGUACCAGAACUUGUCAAAGAAGGAUAUCUUUGCACUUCUUUCUCGCCCGGUUCCUUUUGAUGAUGGCAAUAAGGUAGUAUGGCUGGAUAGAAUGACUGGAAUGGUUUGCAUGGCUAUAUCUGCAAAGGGGAUGUUGGUAACUGGAAUUGACGAUAGGAGAUAUUGGAGUUGGAUUCCUACUGAAGAAUCUAGAUUCAAUGUUGUGGCCUACUUGCAGCAAAUUUGGUGGUUUGAAGUAGAUGGAGUGGUGAAGUUUCCUUUCCCUGCUGGUGUUUACACUCUAUCAUUCAGGCUUCAUCUUGGAAAAUUUUCCAAAAGGUUGGGACGGCGGGUGUGCAGUUUUGAGCAUACCCAUGGUUGGGCCAUAAAACCUGUACGAUUUGAGUUGUCUACUGCUGAUGGUCACCAAGCAUCAUGUGAGUGUUGCUUGGAUGAUACUGAGCAAGAUGAAGUGACAGGAAACCAUAAACGUGGAUGCUGGAUAGAGUAUAAAGUAGGCGAGUUUAUUGUCACUGACUCUGAGCCAGCAACUGAAGUCAGAUUUUCUAUGAAACAGAUAGAUUGCACGCAUUCAAAAGGUGGGCUUUGUGUAGAUUCCGUGUUCAUCAUCCCCAGUGAUAUACAAAAACGUAAAAGAAGAGGGGUUCUGAAAUAGCCUGAAACAAGUCAAGUCAAUUGUUGUUUUUUAUUGGGAAUCAUCCCCAAGAAUUCUAUAUGGGUUCCUCGUACAGCUUAUACUUCUAAAGGCAUUGAUGUUAGAGAAUAUCAUCUUAAUUGAUUUUUGGAGUAGGUAUGUGUCCUCUUUGAAUAUGUAAUCUUCAAUACCAUGCAUUUAAUCUAGUUUUAUUUCUGUUUAUAUCUUUGCAGAUAGGAUUAGGAGAAUGUGCUUUGGUUUAUCACCCUGUUUUAGUCAGGCUUCUGCUAAAAAUUUUAUAACUUAGCUGUAAAGCAAAGGAGGUACAAUUCUUUCUUCAAUCUUCUGAUCACAGUGUUAUUCCUUUUUUGUUCUCUUUAUGCUUUAGGAAAGCUUGUUGGGUGUUAGGAUAAGGAUGUCUUGUUCGGAUAUCUCUAUAUAUGAAGCUCAAACUUCCUCAAUAAAUCUGUUACAUUAUU